AUGCUGCAGCAGCUCUUCGUGCUGGCAAGCCGGCACGAGCUUGACAGGUCCGAGGACUUGCUGUCCUUCGACCCGGACGCGCCGUUGCCGGUGCCGCUGCCCGUGUCUCCAAAAAGCGUUGGAAAGGACCCGGCAUCGCCUGCAGCAGCAGCUGGUCAGGAAGCAGCCCCCGACCAGUUGCAAGCUGCGCUGGCGGUGCGCGCGAUUGCCACCUUCGCUUCCGUGCAGGAGGAUGGGAUCAUGGGACUCAUGAUGCCGAUCGUGCAACUGUUGCUGUGGCCGGUGGUGCCGGCGCCUCUGGCAAAGAUGGCGAAGACCGCCGUUUUCGAAGAGGCCAGGCGCAGCUUCGCGACCCUCUGCGCCGCCCACAGCAUGGAGGAUUUGGCGAUGGCAGCUUCCAAGGUGCCUGGGCUCAAGGCCUGGGCUCAAGGCAGAAAGGCAGGCAUGCUGGCACCUUGCGCUGCGCGAGAGCCGCGGCCUGGAGCUUCCUGGCCUCCCUGA